AUCAUUGUGACAAAAGAACAUACCGAAUACUUGGGAAUCGCUUGGGUACUGAGCGAAGGAGGUGCAAAUUUCCGCGGGAGGCGUCGAUUGACAAUAAGCGUCUUCUCCCCUCCUGGCAGAAUCUGCUCGCGCUGCUUGGUACGGCCGCUCGGCGCCCGUCUAGUAGUGAGCGCUUUUCCUCCUUUUGAGCAUCAGCCGUUCUCGGCCGACGAAUUCACUCUCUAUACGGAAGCGAUCUGUGGCGUAGGCGGGAUGGCAUCCGCCUCACCGAUUGAGACCUUCCCAUCCGCUUCUGUCGGCCCUACCAGCGGAAGCGCCUCUCCUCGGCUGCCCGUCACCCCGAAGCAUGUCCAAUUUGAACUCCUCUUCCCCGAGUCCCCCCAGUACCGUGCGCGGCUCCCGCUGCGCGUCCAGAUAUACCCUCAUGAUGACACCGAAUCCAUUAUUUCAACCGUCAAGAACUUCUACGGUCUCUAUCACGGGGGCAAGGGCGUCAGCUUCGAAGAUGACCGACGCAAUACCCUAAUUGCGCGAUAUGAGAACUUCAGCAACAAUAUGGUCGUCUACGUCAGAGUCAUUGAGGAAUCUCCUCCGCCGCCGGGGGCAUUUGGUCAGAAUGCUUUUCAGCCUGCGCCGAUCGAGUAUGGAGGCCAACCGCUAGGGCACCACAUCUCUAGGCCUGGCUCUCGGAUGUCUCGAAGGCGCAGCCCGUCCCCAAACGGGACCCGCGGGCGGCGCAGCGCGUCUGCGAGCACAAACCCGGCCGCCGGAAAGAAGGGUCGUUCCCGAUCGACGAAGAACCGAGCCAACUAUGACAACCACAGCGACAGCAUGAAUGGGUAUAGUAGUGGUGACGCCGCACCUGCAUCCGUCUCUAGCAAAGCCAAGGAGCAGAUCGGCAAUACCAACAUCAGCGUUGAGAAUAUUGUGGAGGGCGGUCGCCGAAAGCGCGCCAAGUUUGAAAGCUCGGAAUUGCCUCUCUUUGCGCCACCUCAGAUGCCCGCCGCCACAUCCAACCCUUCCGUCUCUCCUGUCCGUCGCGUCGAGCAUCAGCGGCCGGCUUUCCCGUUUCCGCCUCCUGGACAGAACGCAUUCUCGAAUACCCGGGCCCUUCAAUCCCCCCAGAGCUACAGCAAUGGGUAUGGCCAAGCAGGCAUGUUCGCGACGCCGAUCAAUAACUCGCGGCGCCACCGCAACAGCAUCGGCUACCCGGGUAACAGCGGUGGCGUCCUGCCGACUCCUGACCCAACCAUUGGGAGCUGCGUGUCUGAGGAAGAUAAAGACGUGGCUAUCCAGCUCAUGCGACUGGGCGAGAUGACCAACAUGUCGCACGGUAGGACUUCGGCCUCCACGGCAGAUGACACCUUCAGCGGCAAAGCCGAUAUCGCUUCGUCUACCGGCGCAACCAGCGACGCCGACUGCGAUAGUGAGGAUGACCCGCUACCCGCCCGUCACCCGAAGCUCGACCUCCCUAGCGUCAAUCGCAAAAUUUAUCACACCACCCACAGCCAUUUCGUCCCCCCGCGUGACGGUGCCGAUGCCAGCAGCGACGACGCUGACUACGAGGACGGCAUCGAGGAUGGCGCCGCCGGAGCGAAGCCGCACGACGCCAAGCCCAAGGCUCAGCAAGCUGCUAAGUCGCAAGCAGCGGGCGCUAAGGCCGCUAAACCCAAGACUGCGAAGGCUCCCAAAGCAACCGGCGCCACAAAGGCGAAGAAGUCGGUUACCGCGGCCGCAGCCGCGGCAGCAGCAGCAGCGCUGGGCCCGAUGUCGCCUGCGUCGCUUCCUAACCAAUCGCGCAAGCCUUCCAUCGCUUCCGCCGCGACUGUCCCGGGCCAGCCCGGCGAAGACGACCAGCCGGAUCUGUCCACCAAGCCGCGCUGCCAGCGGUGUCGCAAGAGCAAGAAAGGUUGCGACCGCCAGCGACCGUGCGGCCGUUGUCGCGAUGCCGGCCUGAGCGCCGACCAAUGCAUCAGCGAAGACGAGGGCAACGGCAGGAAGGGUCGCUACGGGCGCCACAUGGGCGUGCCCAUCAAGACUACUGAUAUCCCCGGCCCCCCUACGCUUCUCCCCGCUGCCCCCAUCAUGGCGCCGGUGGUAGCAGGCGACAAGAACAAGAAGCGAAAGCGGUAGGGGUCAACCCGACUCGUAAACGGCGCACGCGCCAGCACGCGGAACCUCCAACAUCACACACAUCAUGCUAGGAAGCUCGGAAAUCUACCGCAGAGUUCUGCCUUCUCUCUUGAUCGCAUCUAGUCGCGAUUGUUGGGAAACAAAUUAACUACCUCCAACCACACAACGUAUCGUCGCUUUCUCUGUCUGUACU